AUUACACUUUGACUAUGUAUUUUCAACAGUACUGGAGAGAUAAGAGGCUGGCUUAUGCUGGCAUACCUCUCAACCUCACGCUUGAUAACCGAGUGGCAGAUCAGCUCUGGGUGCCUGACACUUACUUCUUAAAUGACAAGAAAUCAUUUGUGCAUGGUGUUACCGUGAAGAAUCGAAUGAUUCGCCUUCACCCGGACGGAACGGUGCUUUACGGCCUCAGAAUCACAACCACUGCAGCUUGUAUGAUGGACUUGAGAAGAUAUCCAUUAGAUGAACAGAACUGCACUCUGGAAAUAGAAAGCUAUGGCUACACAACCGACGACAUAGAGUUCUACUGGAGGGGUGGAGAUAACGCGGUCACUGGCGUGGAGAGGAUUGAGCUUCCUCAAUUCUCCAUCGUGGAGUAUAGACUGGUGUCAAAGAAUGUUGUCUUUGCCACAGGUGCCUAUCCAAGACUCUCACUGAGCUUCAGGUUGAAGAGAAAUAUUGGAUACUUUAUUCUUCAAACUUACAUGCCCUCCAUACUGAUUACCAUUUUAUCCUGGGUGUCAUUCUGGAUCAAUUAUGAUGCAUCAGCAGCAAGAGUUGCCCUUGGAAUUACAACUGUGCUGACUAUGACAACAAUCAACACUCAUCUGCGAGAGACUUUGCCUAAAAUUCCGUAUGUUAAAGCCAUUGACAUGUAUCUUAUGGGCUGCUUUGUAUUUGUCUUCUUGGCCUUACUUGAAUACGCCUUUGUCAACUACAUUUUCUUCGGGAAAGGCCCUCAAAGGCAGAAGAAACUUGCAGAAAAAACAGCAAAGGCAAACAACGAUCGCUCAAAGUUUGAAGGCAACCGGGUGGACACCCAUGGAAACAUUCUGCUAACAUCGCUUGAAAUUCACAACGAGGUGGCAAGCAACGAGGUCACCACCAGCGUUACGGAUGCCAGAAAUUCAACGAUAUCCUUUGACAACUCAGGAAUCCAGUACAGAAAACAGAGCUCACAUCGCGAAAGCCUUGGAAGGCGUUCAUCAGAAAGAACAGGCUCCCACAGCAAGAGGGGCCAUUUACGAAGAAGGUCUUCGCAACUGAAAAUAAAAAUCCCUGAUCUAACAGAUGUGAAUGCCAUCGACAGAUGGUCAAGAAUGGUGUUUCCAUUCACAUUUUCUCUUUUCAACUUAAUUUACUGGCUAUACUAUGUUAACUGAGUGACUGAACUUUUUUAAAGGACUUCAACUAUAACAAGUGAAGUACUACUUGCCUGCAGAGUUUAUAUAUAUAUUUAUAU